CGUUAUUCACAGACGACGGUUGGUGGUUGUUGUUCGUGGUUGAUGGUUGUUGUUGGUGAUUAUUAGUGGUGGUUGUUGUUCGUGGUUUAUGGUUAUUGCUGUUGUUGUUGGUGAUUGUUGUUGGUUGUUAUUAGUGGUGGUUGUUGUUGUUCGUGGUUGAUGGUUAUUGUUGGUGAUUGUUGUUGGUUAUUAUUAGUUGUGGUUGAUGCUGUUGGUUGUUGUUGGUUGUUGGUGAUUGUUGUUGGUGGUUAUUAGUUGUGGUUGUUGUUGUUCGUGGUUGAUGGUUAUUAUUGUUGUUGGUGAUUGUCGUUGGUGGGUUGUUGUAGUAAGUGGUGGUGGUGGUUACUGCUAGUGGUGGCGGUUGGUAGUGGUAGUUGUUAGUUGUUGGUGGUGGUUGGUCGUUGUCGUUGACUGUUGGUGAUUGGUGCAAGUUUGUAGGUGGUGGUGGGGGGGGGGUGGUGGGGGGGGAGGUGGUUGCCCGUUGCCAUAGCGACUCGCCCGUGAACACAACCCAGUCGCAUGCAACAACCCCCACCACGCACAACCCCCUCAGGCCGACCGCCUCUGCUGCCGUUGCCUAGGCCACGGCUGAUACAACAACGCUCACUUCAACCACAACCACCACCACCACCACAACCACCACCACCACCACUACCACGGCUCCUGCGGAAGAAGUUGUUCAGACAUCAACCGGUCGACAACACCCCCCACCGCCCCGAAACAAGCACGUAAGGCGAGUACGAUGGAGGACAGCUCCGGCGACGCCCGCCUGGCCUUCCUCGAGGCGUACACCCUCAAGACGUUCCGCAUCAAGGCGGACCGGUGGCAGAAGUGCGUGGCCGUCGAGGACUGCCGGCGUCUCCUGCUCGAUUUCCUCGACAACCGAGGAGCCGACCACUCGCCCCUGCUGGUCAUCUCGCUCACGCCCGCGGGGCUUCUGCAGCCCUCGUUGGGCUUCCCACCGCCGUCGGGGGCAGCGGCCAAGACGGCUGGGGCCAGCAGCGCGGCGAAAGCGGUCUUUUUCGCCAAGAAGUCGGCGGACACGUCCGGUGGCGGUGGUGGUGGUGGCGGUGGCUUCCCACCCAUCUCCGCCGAGACGAUCCGCAAGGCGCUGCUGUGCGGAGACCUCAGCUACGCGCCCCUGGAGCAGUUUGCCGCCCUGGUGGAGGAGGUGAUCGUGCCGAUCCUGGGCAACGAGAAAAAUCACGGAGGGUGGCCAGCGGUGGUGGCGCAGGACCUGCGGCGGCACCUGGGCAGCCUGCAGAGCAGCGUGUUCGUCGUGUCGGGGCAGGUCAAGGGCAAGACGCUGCUGCCCAUCCCGGCCGGUGCCGAGCGUGUGGUUGACGCUGACCGUCCGCUCAAAGAUGAGGACAGCGUGGACCGCUCGGUGGUGCACGCCAUCGAGUCGGUGGUCAUCGAGUGGAGCCACCAGAUCCAGGAGGUGCUGAAGAAGGACUCAUCCAGGCCUCUGAUGGAGGGACUCAACCCCAACCCCAGCGCCGAGCUGGAGUUCUGGCAAAGCAGAUACGCGGACUUGGAGUGCAUCCACGAGCAGCUGCAGUCCCGGCGCGUGUGCUCCAUGGGCGACCUCUUGGAGAAGACACAGAGCACCUACUUCCCGGCCUUCAAGGCCAUGAUACAGGACGUGGUCACAGCCCUGGAGGAGGCGCGCAACAUCAACAGCAACCUGAAGCCACUGAAGCGCACGAUGGAGGACGUGGAGGGUGCCGAGCUGAACGAGGCCGGACCGCUGCUGGCUCCGCUGAUGCGCGUCGUCGCCCUCGUGUGGCGCAACUCGCGUUUCUACCGAACGCCCGAGCGCAUCGUGGUGCUGCUGCAGGAGAUUUGCAACCUCCUCAUCCAGCAGGCCCGCACGUUCAUCAACGCUGAGGAGGUGCUGAAGGGCGAGGCGGAGGAGAACCUGGCCCGAGUGCGCGAGGCCCUCUCCAUCCUGCGCCUCUUCCGCUCCGUCUACGAGGAGGAGAGGGCGGCCCUGCCCUCCCUGCGCAAGGGCAGCGAUGACGAUGGCGGCGAUGACGGCGGCGACGACGGCUGGGAUUUCCCGCCCAACGCCGUCUUCUCACGCCUCGACCGCUUCACGGAGAGAGUCACCGACGUGGAGGAGCUGCUGGUGACGGCCGUGGACAUGUUCAAGCUGGAGAAGAUUGAGAUUGGGGGCCUCCGUGGCCGGGUGUUGAGCCAACGCAUCUGCGACAUCCACCAGCAGUUCCAGGAGCUGUUUGGGCAGUUUUCCGAGAAAACUUACGACUCCUUGGACGUGACAAACCAGGAGUUUGAAAAGGACGUACGGAACUUCAAGAUUCAGGUUGAAGACAGCGACCGGCAGCUCGGAGCGAUUUUCUGCCAAGCUUUCGCCGACGCACUGAGCGUGGAGCACGCCUUCAAGCUCAUUGACAUGUUCGGCUCUCUGCUGGAGAGGCCUCUGAUUGCGGAAGACGCCAACGUACACCUGCCGCGCCUCGUGACCAUGUUCGACCACGACCUGGACAGCGCCAAGGUCAUCUACAACCGACACAUCGCCACGGAGAAGGACCUGGGCCGGCCGCCCGUCAGUAAGAACAUGCCCUACGUGGCGGGAGGCCUGCGUUGGGCCCAGCUGCUGGAAGGGAGGAUCGAGGUUCCCUACAGGAAUUUCAAGCACUUCUCCCACCGGUGCAUGGAGACGGUCGAGGCGCACAGCAUGAUGCAGAAGUACGAGGAGAUGAUCGAGCUGCUCAAUAGGUACAAGGAGCGUCUCUUUGCCGAGUGGGCCCAGUCCGUGGGCGAGAGGUCGGAAUUCAACCUGUCCCAGCCGCUCAUCUGCCGGGACCCUGAGACUCGCCUCAUAUCGGUCAACUUCAACCCUCAGCUGGUGGCCGUGCUGCGGGAGGUGCGGUACCUGGAGUUGUUGGCCCGUGGCGGUGGCGGCGGCAGUGGCGGUGGCAGCGCUGGCAGCGUCGGUGGUAGUUUGGCAGGGGAGCAAGAUUUUGGCGGACUCAAGUCCGUGCCGGAGGAGGCGCAGAGACUGUACGCGGGGCGGGAGGAUUUGCGGCGGUGCGUGGAGAGCCUGGAGCUGACGGUCGGCUGGUACAACAAGGUGCUGCGCUCCGUGCUGGAGGUGGAGCUGCCCCUCGUGGCCGGGCAGCUCCAGGAGGUGGAUGACAAGUUGGAGCUGGCAGAGGGCACGCUCUGCUGGAAGAGUGAAGGCGUGUGGGAGUACAUCCAGACGACGCGCGACCUCGUCAAGGGCCUGGAGAGUCGCACGCAGAAGGCCAAGGAGAACGUGGAGGUGGCUUGCGGCCUCAUGAAGGCCUGGGUGUCGCCCGUUUUCGAGCGCAAGGAAGGCAAGAGGGAGACGCUCCUCAAUCUGGACGAUCGCAAGGAGCGGCUGGAGAAACGGUACCAGUCGCUGCGGGACUCGGGCCACAAGAUUCACGAGCUCCUCAAGGAGAACCUGGAGCUGCUGCAAGCGGACGCGAGCUCGGAGGAGUGGCAGGCGUACGUGGAGUACGUGGACGAGAUGGUGGUGGAUGGGUUCUUCACGGCCAUCGAGUGCUCGCUCAAGUUCCUCAUCGAGAACAUGGAUGCUCGGACGUGCGGAGCUCCGCUCUUCAAAGUGCGGCUGGAGCUGGUGGCGCCCGAGCUGGUGUUCAGCCCGUCGUUGGACGAGCAGGACAGCGGGGACGGCCUCGCGGACCUGGUGGAGGCGCUGGUGAACGACGUGUACCGCGUCUCGUCGCUGGUGCCGCGCCUCGCCGCGCACAGCAGCUUCCCGCACUACCAGGCGGACAUGGAGGACAUGGUCGACCUGGCCGACAUGCGGGACGAGCUGAUGCGGCGCGUGCGCACCGCGGCGGCCCGCUGCCUGGAGUACCGCUCGACGCUGGCGACGUACGCGCACCUCUGGGCCGACGACCGGCACGAAUACCUGCGCCAGUUCCUGCUCUACGGCCACGCGCUCACCCCCGAGGAGGUGGAGAUGCUCGCCACGGCACACACAGCGGCGGAUGACGACGAGGGGCACGCGGCGGGCGUGAUGGAGCAGCCCCCGACGCUAGCGCAGUUCCGCGAGCAGGUGGACAGCUACGAGCGGCUGCACGAGGAGGCGUCGCGGCUCGAGCCGUCCACCACGGCGGAGGGGUGGCUGCGCGUGGACGCGCGCCCCUUCAAGGCGUCGCUGCUCAACAUCAUCAAGCGCUGGAGCCUCAUGUUCAAGCAGCACCUGGUCGACCACGUCACCAACAGCCUCCUUGGCCUGGAGCAGUUUGUGCAGGAGAAGGAGGAGGGCCUGGGCCAGAAGAUAAAGGAGGGCGACUACCACGCCUUGGUGGACGUCAUGGGCCACCUGAUGGCCGUCAAGGAGCGGCAGGCGAGCACGGACGCAAUGUUCGAGCCGCUCAAGGAGACCAUCGAGCUCCUCAAGUCGUACGACCAAGAGCUUCCGGACGACGUCUACAGGCAGCUCGAGGAGCUGCCGGAGAAGUGGACGAACCUGAAGAAGGGCGCGGUGGCCAUGAAGCAGCAGGUGGCGCCGCUGCAGGCCGCCGAGGUGGCCGUGCUGCGCAGGAAGUGCGCCGCCUUCGACGUGGAGCAGCACCGCUUCCGCGAGCGCUUCCGAGCGAAGGCGCCGUUCUGCUAUGACUGCGCCAAGCCCUAUCCGCUGCUGGACACCUGGAACCGCGACCUGUCCUCCAUGGAGGCGUCGCUGGCCAGCCUGGCCGAGUCGGCCGGCCUCUUCGAGGUGGCCGUGCCGGACGCGCGGCAGCUGCGGCAGUGCCGCCGCGAGGCUCGCGCCCUCCGGGAGCUGUGGGACGUGACGGCGCUGGUGCGCUCCAGCGUGGGCGACUGGCGCGACACCAGGUGGCGGCAGCUGGACGUGGACGCGAUGGACGCCGAGUGCAAGCGGUUCGCGCGCGACCUCCGUGCGCUCGACAAGGAGACGCGCGCGUGGGACGCCUUCUCGGGCCUCGACUCGGAGGUGAAGAACAUGAUGACGUCGCUGCGAGCCGUCGCCGAGCUGCAGAACCCAGCGAUUCGCGAGCGGCACUGGCAGCAGCUCAUGCAGGCGACGGGCGUGCGCUUCUCGAUGGACGAAGACACCACGCUGGCAGACCUGCUGCAGCUGAACCUGCACUCGUUUGAGGACGAGGUGCGCUCCAUUGUGGACAAGGCAGUGAAGGAGAUGGGCAUGGAGAAGGUGCUCCGUGAGCUGCGCUCCACCUGGGGACAGAUGAGCUUCGGCUACGAGCCGCACCCGCGCACCGCCGUGCCGUUGCUGCGCUCCGACGAGGAGCUCAUCGAGACGCUGGAGGAGAACCAGGUGCAGCUGCAGAACUUGAUGACGUCCAAGUACGUGGCGUUCUUCCUGGAGGAGGUGUCGAGCUGGCAGCGGGCGCACUCUCCACGGCCGACUCGGUCAUCUCCACUGGCUGGAGGACAGCAAGCGCUUUGA